AUGCCCCCUCCACCCCCUGAUGAUGAACAUCCUCAUCGCUCCAGUAGGCGCCGACGUCGAAGGCGGCACAGCAGCGGUGAUGACGACGACGAUGAUGACGAGAAUUAUUAUGAUGCAUACAGCAGACGAUCGGCAGGUCGAAGUAAGAAGCGUGAUGGAAGGAGGAGAACGAAUGAAAGAAGUAGACGAGGAAGAAGGAGAAGGAGAUCGAGUGGUGAGUCAUCGAGCGAGUCGGGUUCUUCUGAUGAGUAUUCCAGUGAUUCGUCGGAUGAUAGUUCCAGUGGUCGAGAUAAGAGGAGAAGAAAAGGGAAACAAUCAAAAAAGAAAGACAAACAUAAGAAAGAAGGCAGUGACAGCGGUUCGUCAAGCUACGACAGUUCGGACGACAGCUCUUACGAUUCAUCGAGUUAUGGGAGUAGUUAUGACUCCGAUGAUUCGAGUUCAGAGAGCUCGAGUAGUAGCAGCAGCACCUUCUCUAUCACCAGUGAGUCGUCGGAAGUCAGUGAAGCCAGCGAAGUCAGCAGCGUCGCGACUGACGACAUUUCCGAUGUCGACAGUCAACUUCAGGGAGAGGAGAGGUUAAAAGCUAUCCAAAAGAAAAAGCAAGAACGAAAAGAGGACAAGGCAGCGGAGAAACAACUAAAAAAAUACCAGGAACGAAAGAAGGGAAGAGAGGAGAAGAGAGAGAAAAACAGGAAGAAGAGGGAGGAGAAAGUAGAAAAGAAGAAGGAGGGAAAGGAGAAGAGGCGUCAGGAAAAGGAAGAACGACGGGACGGAAAGCGUGAUAGAGGGAAGAGGAAACACGGCAAAAAGGAGGAAGGUAGCUCAAGUGAAGAGGAGACUGAUGAUUUGGAUGAUGGGAAGAGCAGAAAGAAAGAUCGUAAAAGCCGCCGAGAUAAGACAAGAGAGCGACCUGUCAGUGCCGUGAGCACUGUUGGUACUGUUCAGAGCGACGAAAUAUCUAUGAUAGACAGCGCCAUCAGCGACAGGGAGAGGAAGAGAUUGAAAGCACUGAAGAAAGAAAGACUGAAGCAGAAGAAAACUGAAAAGAAACAACAAGCAAAGAAUGAGGAAAGGGAAAAGGAGAGGAAACAAAAGAAGAAAGAGAAAGAGAAAAAGAGAAUAAAGCGAGAGAUUGAGCGAGAGCUGGAUCGAAUGAGCUCGGCAAGCACGGUCAGCAGUGUUCAUAGCAGUGAGCUCUCUCUUAACGAGGAGGAUAAAUAUCUGGAUGAAGAAACGAGAAAGAAGAAGAAAGCAAGCUUGAAAAAGAAGCUUUCGAAGGCCAAGCAGAAGUCUAAGAAUAUGAUGAAAGCAGUGGCAAAGGUCAUGGAAAAGAGACAAAGAGAAGGGCGUGACGACCCGCUAUCGUCGGAUGAUCGUAGAUCUACUAAGGGUGUAUCCUUCGCUGAUCUUGCCGGUGGGAAAGAGUUCAAAAGCACGGUGGAUUAUGCCAAAGGUAGCAAGCGAGGCCUCACUGAUAAAAUCGAAAAGACGGAUGGCCGUGGCAUGGACUGGAUGACGGAAUGGCAGUUAUUAAAAGAGAAACAGAAAAGGAAGGAAGAGAUGAAAUUAAAGAAAGCAGCAGAAAAGGCUGAUGAAGAUCCGUUGGAUGCAUACCGUGAAAUCAUCAAGGCUGAACGCGAUGCCCGAAUGAGCAAGGUCUCCAAGCUCAAACUCUUCAUCAACCGCAACCUCGACAUCCUCAAAGGGGGCACGGUCCGGGUCAAGAACGACGGCACUAUCGCUGACGAUGACGACUCCGAUGCGGAGACCAUCGAGAUCGACGAUGAGGGUAAUAUGUUGACGGUACCGACAUCGUUACGCUGCGAUGAUGCUGAUCUUAAGGAGUGGAUCACCGAUAUGGAUAUGUCGAGGGGUACCACACCGGUCGUACCGAGUGAUGAUGAAAAUGACCCUGCUGGAGUUCGUAGAGUACUGAAGGCAUUCCGUAAAAAACCCCAUGAGAUGACUGCUCAUCUUCAACGUGUAUUAGAAACAGCUUCCGAACUGAAGGCCGAUGAUUUGAACAGAUCAACUCUACGAAGUCAAAGCGCACGGGCAGUCGAUGAAAGAGAAACAACGAUCGACUACAUGAAUCACUUUCGUCUGGUAGAGAAGUCUAAACUUGACCCAAUGGCCAGGUCUUUCACCGUAGAAGACAAAGAGAGAACAUGUGUUUUGACACUGGAUGCUAUGAGAGAAGCUUUGAAUGGUGUCCCGAGCCUUAGCGCUUUGAAAACCAAGCAGCUAGAAUAUGUUCUCAAGGUUCUAGAUCUUGAUGAUCAUUCCCGUAUUACCUUUAAAAUGUUCGCGGUGAUUGGAGCUAUAUGUGAGCGGAUGACUGCCAUGGACGCUGUUGGUCAGGCCCUUAUAGACCAGAGUGAUUUGCUCGACAUCCAGCGAAAAAUGGACCUUUAUAGUUCUAUGUUUUACUGCAACGUGAGUUCUGAGCGGGACGAUAACUACGUCACAGUCGAGACUCUACGGAUCGAGUUGAAAGCAGGGGGUCUUAAUCGCUUCCAAGAAGACUACAUCAUCAGCAAGAUGAACCCUAGUGAAUAUAACACGGUAUCGUUCUUGGACUACAUGGCCUACAUCCCACUCUUCCUCUCAAUGCAUGAUAAUAUAAUUGAUAAUCCGUUUGACUUCGCUGAGAAAUACAACAAACCAUCAACUGAAGCCCAGAGAGAUAUGAAUCCUUUAGGUUUUCCACUGAAGCGUUCAUACCAUGCUCUCCAUCACAGCCUGGUAUCACGCUGUAUGACGUCACCAGCUAGGAGGACUCCCCAGCCCAGUAGGACCAGUACCAAGUUACCGAAUAUCAUUAGCAAGAUGUCAGGUUUCAAGAUCCGUCCUCAACCGCCGAAAUCUGCUUCAAAAAUCCAGAAACCGUGAUUGGGAUAUCCCUAACACUUGAAGAUUCUCUGCAUCGAAAUAAUUUCACAGCUUUGAUGAAAUUAAGGACUAUGCAAAAAAUAUGCAAAAUAUAUAAAUUCAAGAAAGGAGAUUACAUCAUUUUUUGUUAUAAUCAUAAUUGUUCUUUUACAUGCGGCAACGCGUUACAUUGACUUCGUAGGCUUGCGUCAGUCUAUUGCAUAAAGUUCGGACAUCAGAGUAUCCUAUUGGCUAACAGGAAUCACGUGACGUUGAAUCUAUUAUAGUUUCAGUUUGAGUUUUAUUUUAUUCUCGUUUCCAACAGAACAGUACAAAAUCCAUAAAAAUGCACCUAUAAUAAACAAUCGAAAUAGCAAACGAAGUAACAGCAAUUAUGUGUACAUGUCUCAAGUACUAGUAUACAUUGAAACUUAGAUGGAUCAUGAAAUACUGUAGCUGAAAAUAACAUAUCAAUGUUUGAAAUGGAGAGGUCCGCUGUGAAACUGUGCUUUCAUAAUGCUGAACUAUAACGAAAAUAUAUAUAUUUAUAUUUACUUUCCCAUGUGCAGCUGGAAUGUAUAUUAACAAUCAUUGGCUUUGCAUUUUUGAAAUAAGAAAUAAUGGGUUCAGUUUGAUAUAGAAUGAUUCAAUUUAAUCUGUAGAUGGACAGCUGAUUUUUACAGUAUCUAUGAGCUUAAUAUUUAGAUUUUUUCGUAGAACUCGUUUACCUGUAAAUAAUAAUAUCACAUUUCUUUUUUAAAGUUUAGAAACAGCUCGACACUUUUCCCUUUUCAACGCUGAGUUCUUGAUCAAAGAAGUAAGAAGACUGCGUUCUUUCUGCUGAUUUCAUACUGAAUUGAAAGUUCUGAAAUCUACUUGUCAUUAUUUUUAGUACAUUAAUGAUUGAUUUUGAGAUUAUUUUUUGCGUGAAAUUCAUUGAUGCCAUUAGCUUUCUCGUUAAAACAUAUCUCGAAUGAUUGAAUUGUGAGUUGUGACAUUUUCAAAUUAUGUGCGCUUUGUCUUUCAAGAAGUGUGUUCUAUCUAUCAUUCUCAUCAUUUCAAAUGUGGUUUUGUGCAAGCAGUAUUAAAUACUGUAGAAAUUUUCUACAGUGAUUGUUUCGUGCAACUUCAAAAACUAUUGAUGUCUCUAAAAAGGAACAUUUGAUUGAAGUGACGACAUGAGAAAACUUUCUUUCCCCCCUCAUAAUCAUCAACGUACGAUCCCAUUCUAACGCUUCUUAGUGUUCCUUCAGCAAAUACCCCAUCUACGACGAAGGUCUGGUGAGGCUUGCCGCCUUGCAAGUGAAAGGUCACCCUGCCCCCCCCCCCAAAAAAAAGUAAAAUUUCAUGAUUGUGGAAAAAAAUGUCUUUGCAUUUCUUUCUAAUGUAUAUUUGAGCGUUUUAUUAUUGUCCCCUUAUGAUAGCCAGCACUUUGAAAUGUUUAUUUACAUGUAUUUCUGUGACAAGUACUUAUGCAAUGUUUUGAAAUUCAUUGAUGUUUAUUUGAGUCCAGUAGUUGAGAAAAACUUAACGAUUUGCUUAGAGUAGUCAAACUUACAAUUUGCUUUCCUUUUCCUCGCAGACUUGUGAAAUAUUCCAUUAGACACUUUAAACGAUGGAACUUUAUAUGAUUAAAUCUGUAAAGGCCCAUGUGCGUACGUAAGCGAGAGAGUAAAGCGACCCAGUUGGUCCGGGGGCAUUCAUUACAUUAUAAAAAUAAAUGCACAUUUUGAAUGGAUUUUGAGAAAUUUGUGGAUAUUAAAAAGUGGAUUCAAGAAACACAUGGGCAAGCCCGCCCGCCCGCCCCCCCUCCCUCCUCUCCACAAGGUGUACACAUAUAGGCCAGUAAUUUGUUUCCGAUGAUCUCUGUUUGUUACGAACAAUCUUUGAUUUCCAAUAGUAUAAAUAUACGCAUUUUGUCUUAAUGUCCUUAUGUCAUAUUAGCUGGUCUAUUUGAUAACGCCACUUUGUAAAACGUGAUCACAUAAUUCUUUGAAAUAUGCAUGUCAUGGGUGAAGUUUUGAUAUAUGUGUGAUUUGUCAUGUUAUCGAAAGGACAAUGUCUUUAAAAAAAUGAUGUUAGUGUCGUGUGCAAUGCCAUUUCAAGUACAUCAAUUUGGACCACCAACAUGUGCUAUCGUAUUGCUAUGCUUAUUGUGUUAUACUUAAUUUUUAUUUUAAAAUCAUUUUCUGAAAAGAAAAACGAUAUUCUUUCUAUUGCAUUUUCAUAAUACCUACGUUAUGAUAAAAGGGUAAAUUUUUGAAAUAACAUUAAGAUAUACAUCCAAUUAACCGUUAUAUUUACAUGUAUGAUAGCUUUGCAGGGUACGUAUAGAUUCAUAUUUAGGAGAUUCAUCUCUAGAUUGAUUUUAAAUCAGCAUACUGCGUUGCUUUCAUUUUACAAAAUGUGGUUGUAUUAGGCUGAAAUGUUCACCGCGAUUUUAGUGUGUUUUUUAAAUAAUUUUUAUGGAACCAGGGUGUUACUAAUAAAAAGCGAUAUCUUGCCUUGAUAUUCUGUCUGCCUGUAACCAUGGUAACGGUACAAACCAAAUGGCACCAACGUAACUAUCUAAACAUUCCGUAAUAAAUUCGCAAUUAAAUUGCUCCGGAAGUAAUGAA